AUGAAUGAUUUUAUUAAGUUACACACCAGUGCUGGGAGGUUAAAUGUAACUUUACGUAGCUUUGCAAAAUCUAAAUGGGUAAAUAUUUUUGAUAAGGAAUUUAGUAAACUGUUUCUGGAACAUCUAUAUGUAGAUAGAGUAUGUUUUGUAAAACCAAAAGAUAGUUCUUAUUCUGGCAUAGAAUACGAUGAGAGCGGUAACCUUGUAAAUAUGUAUGAGAAACAAGAUCCAUUGAUAGAUAUAUUAAAGAACAUACAACCGGAAUUUUACAAGUUUGAAAAUGUAUACCCGAAUAGUUUAAUAUCUAUACCAUUCGUAGAAUAUGCGGUUAUCAACAAUAAUGGUGUUUUUUUGUCGAAUCCACUCCACCCAGUAGCAAACUUAUCCCUUGCAUUAUUUGUUAAGUCAAAAUUUAAAGAAUCAAACUUACCAGAAAUCUUGGCUGUAAUUAGAAGUCCUCAUAAUUUAUAUCAUACUGUUAUAAAUUUAGAUAAACUAUUAAAGAUUCACCCACGUGUGAAGAAGCUUAGCAAUAUGAGAUUUUUUAAAAUUGAGUUGAGUGAUAAGUCAUAUUGGAAUGAUAAAGAGGACACUGAGAGUGAUGAAGUUUUUAAUGCAACUCUAGAUAAUUGUGAUAAAAAUAGUUCGUUCUUUAAUUUAUAUACUAAUCCACUAUUAAGUGAUAUAAAUAGUCAAAAUACUUGCAUUACAAGUAUGGAUGAAGCUAAUGAGAAUAUGAAUGAUGGAGUAACUUAUAUUGAGAAUAUGAGAAAACAGGUUUUUUUUGAUGGAAAUAAUGAUUACAUUUGUGGUUUCUGUCUAAAUAGCCAUAAUAUAAGUCAUAGAAGCUCAGAAUGCUAUUGUAAAGAAUUAAGAAGCUGCAUAUAUGCGCCAAGAAUUCCAUGUUAUAGAGAUCUAUCCUUUAAAAUGAAGGGGAGUGGUAAAAAUCCGUUUUAUAGAAAUAUACAAAGGCAAUGGAGCAAAGAAUAUAUGUCAGAUACAACUUUUCUAGGAUAUUUUGAUAAUAGGAAAGAUUCAACUUUAUCUAAAGAUACUCUUGAGAUUAUAUUACACUUAUAUGGAUCACCUAAUGCUCGAGCAAAAAUUUGCAAUGUUGACAUAGAGAGAAGACAACUUAUAUUUGAAAAUAUGAAUGAAGUAAUUGAAAAGAAAAAGGACUGCUCUUUAAUAUUUAUUGAUGACAGACAAGAAGUAAUAGAGGAUAUUCAUAGUAUUGAACACAUGAUCAAUUUCGAGAUUUUGGAAUCCCUAUUUACAAGUUCAAGUAUAAAGUCGUCAAUUGUAAACUCCUCAAUAUGUGAGCAAAUUAUCGAAUACUGUGAUAUCUUAAUAUGCUUGGGUAUUAAUAUUGAAUGCGAUAGAUCAAUAGAUAUUUUAUCGAAAUGGGAUGAAAGAUAUGGUAACUCCAGUGAUGAAGAUAUCUCAGUAUUAAUUGAGAAAAAUAAAUCCAAUAAAUUAUUGGUACCUAAAGAAGUCAUUGAAAUAAAUGGUUUUUUAAGUGGAAGAAGUGUUUAUCAAUAUAUUUGGUACUUCAUUCAUCAAAUUGCCUGUGAGAAACUUAAUUGGUGUUUAGUACAUAUAAAAGGUAUUUCUUCAAGCCCUAUCUCAUUUGAAUAUAAACCACAUAUAAAUGAUGGUGAUAGUGGUAUUCACGAUGUUUAUAUUUUGAUUUUUUUAAGUAAUAAUAAAAUAUAUACUUUAACGAUGACUAUUAUUAACGAGAAUGAUGCAAGUCUAUAA